UUGGUUGAUAUGUUUUGUAGACGAUUGCCAACCCGUAAUUUGGACACUAGUCUCUGGCCCCAAGCUUCAAUCAUGACUGCCAAAAAUCAGUAACCUUAAAACCCUUUCCUUUCAAAACCCCAAACCCAAUUCAUUUUUCUCCUUCAAACAAAUUAAGAAAAAAAAAAGAAAAUCACAAUCUUCAUCACUCUUCAGUCCUAAUGUUUCUGACAUCUAUACCUUUCCUCUCUCUCUUUCUUUUUCUUCUUCUUCUUCUUCUUCUUCCUCCUUUUCAUCCGGUCGCAGAAGAAACCCCAUCCCUUCACAACCUCCUUAAAAGCCAAGGCCUACCACCUGGGCUUUUCCCACAAAACGUUAAAUCAUACAACCUUGAUCAGAUGGGUCGCCUAGAGGUUCACUUGGAUUCUCCAUGUAUGGCCAAGUUCGACACCAGGGUACACUUUGACAGUGUUGUCAGUGCAAAUCUUACCUAUGGUGGGCUUAAAGCUCUUGAGGGUCUUUCUCAGGAAGAGCUUUUUCUAUGGCUACCUGUGAAGGGAAUCACUGUGAAUGAUCCAUCCUCUGGUCUUAUUUUGUUUGAUAUUGGUGUUGCUCAUAAGCAGCUUUCUCUUUCUCUCUUUGAAGACCCACCAGUCUGCAAGCCUCAAGGGCUGAGGAAGGAGAUGGGAUUUCAAGUGCAGAGAGAUGUUCUUUGAUCGAAACAUAUAUAUAUAUAUAUAUAUACACUCUUUCCUUUUGUUUUGUUUUUAUCGUUUCCAUUUCUCUUUUUGGUUUUCCUUUUACAAAUCUUUCUUUCUUUGAUAAGUAAAUAUGCGUUGAUGUUCAUAGAAGUUGUGAGGAUUGUAAAAAAUGGAUAAUUGGGUAUAAGGUUUGGAAUCAAAUGAUAAUUUUGGAAUUCUUUUCUUAA